GUGACAUACAGGGGGCGCCUCUCAGACUCCUCAGAUAUUUCCUACUGUGUUUUUCUAAAUCGAGCUGCUUGACUUGAACGAUCACCGCGCUUUGGACUAAUCAAAACAAUGAGCAAAAUGCUACUUUUACCGGUUUAAUCACGGGAGCAUGAUGAAAUAAAUGCAAGAGGGUGAUCUUGAAGUAGAAACUUCGGUGAAGUUUAUGAAUAUAAUGGGAUUUACGAACACCAAAUUAAUUCAUUAGCUAAUCACUGCUGUUCAAACUUUAUUUCCUGAGGUGAAGGAGGUAACUCAGCUCUUUAACAGAAGAUGUUAUAAUGGGGUUUUCUCUUUUUAUCCUGCUCUUUUUACUACACUGCAAUGAGGGAAUUCAUGGGCUACAGUUCACCAAAAACCCUUCCAACCAAACGGUGACUCAGGGUAACAUGGCCCGUCUGGGCUGUGCUUUUGAGGGUUUGAGUGAACCAGAGAUCAUCUGGAUGAAGGAUGGAGAGAAGAUCUACAGCACUGAUCAGAUGUACAUCACACUAGAUGCACAUCACUGGGAGACCUUUUACAGUGUUAAAUCCGUGCAGCAACAAGAUGCCGGGGAGUACUGUUGUGAGGUUGAAUAUCAGGGCAGGAUCAUUUCCUCAGAGCCUGCUUGGAUUACAGUAGAAGGUGUGCCUCAUUUUGUGGUGGAACAGGAGGAUGUGGCUACAUUUGCAGGGGAGCCGUUCAACCUGACGUGUGCUGCAUCAGGUCCUCCAGAGCCUGUGGAGGUGCUGUGGUGGCUGGGAGGUGAACAGAAGGGUGAUUUCAUGCCCUCACCCUCAGUUCUUUUUGUUAAAGGUGUGAAUGACAGUAUAAAGUUUUACUGUGAGGCUAAGAAUGCUCGAGGUAUCUCCGUGUCACGUACAGGCACAGUGCACAUUAAAGUCUCCCCUGAUUCUCCCCGAGAUGUCAAGGUACAUCAUGUGUCUGAUCUUAAUAUAACUUUAACAUGGAAUCCAGGUUUCAUUGGGCACUCAAAGCUUUCCACCUGCAUUAUACAGGUGUCAAAGGGACCUGGAAAGAAGGUAAAACUUCCUGAUGUGGAUGUGGUAGUCCCUCCCUUCCAGCAUGUGUUUGAGGGACUCAGCAGUUACUCAAAUUACAGUGUGAGAAUCCAGUGUGAUAAUGAGGUGGGCUCUUCCCCCUUCUCUCCCUGGGUGGACUUUCACACUCCAGAGGCAGCACCAUCAGCAGCUCCAAAGAACUUCACCUUUGAACUCAGCGAGCAGCAGCUCACUCUGUCCUGGGCGGCACUAGAACAGGAGCAGCUGCGUGGAAGGUUGCUGGCUUAUAAAGUGCAGUGGAACCAGGGAGGAGAGAGUCAGGAUCCCUUACUGUUUAAAGACAACGUUGCCCGUCUCUCAGGUGCUGGGCGAUUCUUUAACGCCACCUUCCAGGUUGCCGCGUGCACAAUGGCAGGAUGUGGACCGUGGAGUCAGUCUGUUCUUGUGAUGCCCGUGUCAGCCAUGCAGGCUCAGACCAUGAGGGGCCAUAUGUGGGUGGGGCUGCUUUUCAGCCUUCUUGUGGCCACCAUGGUGGGACUCCUGUUGAUUGUACUGGUCCGCAACAGAGGCAAAGAGACCCAGUUUGGGUCUGCAUUUGCAGCUUCAGGGACAGAUGUACCAGUUUCCUUUACAGCUGCCAGGUCCUUCAACAGACAGUUCACUGAGCCCCCUGAAUCUACAUUGGACAGUAUAGGAAUCAACAGUGAUUUGAAGGCCAAGUUACAGGAUGUUCUCAUCUCUGAAAGGCUAUUAACUCUGGGACGCAUGCUUGGAAAAGGUGAGUUUGGUUCUGUAAGAGAAGGUUUUCUCAAAUCAGAAAAUAACUCCGGACAGAAGGUUGCUGUGAAAGUCCUAAAAACUGACAUUAACUCAUCCAGUGACAUUGAGCAAUGUCUGAAAGAAGCUGCCUAUAUGAAAGACUUCCAUCAUCCCAAUGUCAUUCAGCUUAUUGGUGUGAGUCUGCACAGGAGAGCCCAGCAGAAUCUACCUAUUCCUAUGGUGAUCCUUCCCUUCAUGAAACAUGGAGAUCUCCACACGUAUCUUCUCAUGUCACGCCUCGGAGAUGAACCCUUUUCUCUCUCUCAGCAAAUUCUGUUCCAGUUUAUGCUGGAUAUUACUCGAGGGAUGGAGUAUCUGAGCAGCAAAAAUAUCAUCCAUCGGGAUUUGGCUGCUCGCAACUGCAUGCUAAAUGAACACAGGAGGGUGUGUGUAGCAGAUUUUGGUCUUUCAAAGAAAAUCUACAGCGGUGACUACUAUAGACAAGGAUCUGUCUCUAAGUUGCCUGUAAAGUGGAUCGCUUUGGAAAGCCUGGCAGAUAAUGUCUACACAACACAUAGUGAUGUGUGGGCAUUUGGUGUGACCAUGUGGGAGAUCAUGACUAGAGGCCAAACACCUUAUCCAGGGGUGGAGAACUCAGAAAUAUAUGAGUAUCUAAUUAAAGGAGAAAGACUCAAACAGCCUCCAGACUGUCCUGCUGACAUUUAUGAAAUCAUGCAUAGCUGUUGGUCUCCUGUCCCAAAGUGUCGUCCUAGUUUUCAAAACCUUAUUGACCAGUUGGAGCUCUUGUGUACAAAGCUGAAUCCAGCUCCUGUAAAAGAACCACUGCUGUAUGUGAACCUGGAGGAAGAGGAUGGAGAACAGGCCUCUGGGCUGGUGGCUGAUGCCGGGACCCAUAAAAGUGAAGAGCCCUCAUGGGGGGUACCGUGGCAGUGUGCAGGUAUAGAGGAAGAUGAAAAGGACUGGUUUUUGGUGUCAUCAGGAGCAGCUCUUGCUAUUGGUGGAGACUACCGGUACAUCAUCAGCCCACAUGGUACCGGUAUUGAUGCAGAAAACAGGCAUUCUGACGACGGCCUGUCGGAGGAUAUCCGGGAUGAGGAAGAGGAUGUUAUCAUUAAUGUGUGAUUUUUGUUGUUAUUUUUACCCAUGCUUUACAUAAUCUAGUAGAUUGCACUUGUCAAGACUCUUGUAAAAGAACAGUGGGUCCAUAAAAACA